AUGAAGAGGAAGAAACCAUUUGAGAGCCAGCUGAUCCGGGACCGAGAGCUCCUUACAGUGACUAUUGUGUGUGACAAUUUCAGAGAAGCCGUGAAACUACCUCUUGGUGUAGACAUCAACGAGUGGUUGGCCUUGAACAUUGUAGCUUUCUACAAACAAAUGAGACGUUUAUAUGCUACUCUUGAAGAGUUCUGCACACUCACCACCUGCCCUGAUAUGAAGGCUGGAAGAUAUGAGUAUAGAUGGGUAGAUGAACGUACUGGAAAAAGGCAUAAAAUGGGUUCAUCCCCUAAAUAUAUUGAGUCUGUCUUGAAUUGGAUUCGAACUCAAAUAUAUAACGAAACCAUUUUUCCGAAGAUAUUUGGAGAACCGUUCCCUCCAAACUUUGUGGAUGUCGUGAAGUGCAUUUCGAGAAAGUUGUUUCGUGUAUAUGCACACAUCUAUCAUUCUCAUUUUCGAACGAUUGUAAGUCUCAAGGGAGAAGCUCAUCUCAACACUUGCUUCAAGCAUUUUGUUCUCUUCAUAUCUGAGUACCAGUUGGUGACUAAUAAGAAAGAGUUGGCUCCUCUUCAAAAACUCAUCAACAUUAUUUUGGAAGCAUAG